UGUAGAGGAGGAGUUAUCCGGCCAGUAUAAAUGUUCCAGGGAGUUCCCUGGUCCACACUGCUGUGAGUUCGUACGUUAAUAAAAAAUUUAAAAAAACAAGCCCCCAGUCCACGGGGACAGAAACACCGAAAAGAAACGGCACGGAUUAACGGACGAGAUUGACAAGACGAAACGUCGCGGUUGGUAGAAUUAGGAUUGUAAACAUUGGAAACAGGUUGACGUAGCAGCGCUUGAUUCUACCCACCCCUUCCUUUCCUUUUGACUCGUUACUAUUCCUGCAACAUUACCUCAACUUUAUACUGGUUGUGUUCUCCGGUUGAGGGGAUUUAUAUGCGAUAUUACAAACCGGAACCGUUUUGGAUUUAGGAAUCUCUUAUUAAUUAGACUACUAGCCUCUGCUUUUUUCCCCAGCUCCUUGGUUUGGAUUAUUAACGUUUUGGAUUAUUAUUUUUGAUUUCAUUUCAUUUCUGCUGCUGUGGUGAACACUUGUAACCUUCAAGGAUCUCUCAAGAGUAUUUUUUUUUUUUUUAAGUGUGCAGUGGUAGGAUACGAUUGGUUCCGGACGGAUCUUGGCCUCGUCUUCUUCUCUAGCCCGCUCACGGCAUCAGGUGGCCGGCCACUGCAGAGAGAGAGAGAGAGUGGUCCCCCUCCCUCCCCUACCACCACACAGCGCCGCUCUGCCUCGGAGGAAAACGCAGACUCGUUAUUGUGUGUGUGUGUGUGUGUGUGUGUGUGUGUGUGUGUGUGUGUGUGUGUGUGUGUGUGUGUGUGUGUGUGUAUGUGUGUUCGUGCGAGGUGUUGCUUGGACAGACGCAGUGGAAUCGUUCCCGUUCCCGUUUUCGUUCUCUUCUCUUCUCCCUCACACACACACACGCACACACACACACGGAGUGUGAUUCUAAGCACGGGGCUCUUCGUCCGGUAUUAACGGACGUCUGAAGGGAAAUCAAUACCUCAACCACGUUGACCUGCACGAGAUCACCGAAGGGGGGAAAAAUAAAAAACCGAAUGCCGUUUCCUCGCUCUACGCGUGUUGGGAAUUAAUAACACAACCUCGCGUUGUGUCUAAUCUCACCUGCUACUGUGUGUGUGUGUGUGUGUGUGUGUGUGUGUGUGUGAGGGCGAGUGUGUGUGUGGGUGUGUGUGUGUGUGUUCGCCAAAGAAUUCAUUAGGAGGUGUUUCUUGGGUUUUUACCGUGUAUACAUCGUUUCACACCGGGAGAGGGGGGAGAUUACCGCACUGCACGCCCGCUGCCAUGUGGAAGAACUUUAUUCCGCUCUAGCGUCUAGUUUGUCCGUCUACCAGCCUGCCGCUUUACCUCACUCUCUUUCCGCCCGGACCGUUGUCAUCCAGACCCGCGGGUUUGUUCUGAUAUGUGAUAAUUUUUUUAUAUAUAUAUGUUUUUAAUAUAUAUACUACAAUAAAACCGCAACAAAACAAGGAGGAGCAAACACACAAAAUAAACAAACAGAGAGGGAGAGAGAGAGUUGGAAUCGUCCUCGUUGGGAUUUUACUUCUCCUGUGGAUUUUUACAAACCCUUCAGCGACUCCUUGGCCACCCGUCUCCUCAAAAACCAGUCAAUCCACUGCAGCGAUAAUGUCUCUAAGGUCGAGGAGCUUCUUUGCUCCGGCCCUUGCCUCAGUUCGCUGUCUACUGGUCGUCCUCCUGGUGGUCCUGGGGCUACCCAGCCGGGCAGAGGGCCAGCCAUGCCCGGCUCAGUGCUCUUGUUCCGGCUCUUCUGUGGACUGUCACGGCCAGGGUCUCCGCAGCGUUCCCAGGAAUAUACCACGGAACACAGAGAGACUGGAUCUGAACGCUAAUAAUCUGACUAAAAUAACCAAGGCCGAUUUCGCUGGACUGAGGAAUCUACGCGUGCUCCAGUUGAUGGAGAAUAAGAUCAGUGUGGUAGAGAGAGGAGCCUUCCAGGACCUGAAGGAGCUCGAGAGACUGCGUCUGAACCGGAACAGUCUCCAGGUUUUUCCAGAGCUUUUGUUCCUGGGAACACUGAAACUCUACAGACUGUAAGUUCAAUACUAU